AUGUCGUCCGACAGCCAAGCGGGGCAAUCCUCUGCCAACAGCAAAACCAUCAUAAUCGGCCUCUCAGGUCCAUCAUCAAGCGGCAAGACGACCUUAGCAAGACUCUUGCGUCCCAUAUUCUCCGCGGACAACAAGAUCCGAACAUUUAUUAUCCAUGAAGAUGACUUUUAUCUCCCUGAUGACCGAAUACCGGUCGCUCGAACCAAAAAAGGAGAGUUAGUACAAGACUGGGAUACCAUAGGUGCCAUAGAUGUAGACUUCUUAUCUUCUGCAUUGGCCUAUGUGCGUGACCAUGGUACUUUACCCCCUCGGCUCAGGAGUAAAGAAGAUCAAAACGAAGCCAAGGAUCCGGGUGUUGCAAAAGAACUAAUCCAAACCAUUACGGAAGAAGUUAAGGGAAAACUGAACCAGGCUGGCCUUCUAAAAGGUGAGAGAGAAGUGACAAUUGCAUUCUUGGAAGGCUUUUUACUAUUCGCGCCACCCGCUACGGAAAAUCCGGGGCAUGUUUUGAGACAUGUUCAUGACAACAUCCAUUUACAUAUCUUUCUAUCUGCGCCUUAUGAUACUGUCAAGUCUCGACGAGAGGCGAGGAGUGGAUAUGUAACUAUCGGGCCCGCGCCGACACCAUCCGCCGAGCGAGAAGAUACAAAUGAACGAGGAGACGAGCAUAAAGGAUCAUCAUCGGCACCAGUUAAUUUGGAGGAAGAAGACAAAAGCGAACCCCAAAACUUCUGGACUGAUCCCCCUGGUUAUGUGGAUGAUAUCGUUUGGCCGAGAUAUGUCCAGGAUCAUGCGUGGUUGUUGGUGGCGGAGGAUGAUGAGGCGGAGCGACAGUCGCUAGCUGAUAGAUAUGCGGCUGGUUCGACGCAGACCGAGGAAGAGUUAUUGAGGCUGGCUGGGCAGGCUGUUAAUCUAAGGAGUGAUGCGGGUGUUGUGGUGGCGCCUGGGAAGGGUGAGAUGCCUAUGAGUGAGGUGUUGAGGUGGGCUGUGGAUGAGAUAUUGAGUUAUUUGAAGGUGUAG